CGGUGUUGUCAAAUAAUGAGUCAUCUGUGGUGGAGGUUUGAGGGCACAGGCGGCGCUGGGACGGCCGUGACGCUGCAGCACAGCCUCAGCAGCGGGGAAAUCAGGAAAUUGGGCAGCGCCUCUUUCUGAGAACUGCCCUUGAACGCAGAGCUUGGCCCUCCGUAGGAAAGAGGAUCUGCCCUCCAGGGGUUCAGCAAUGCAGCCCCAGGCUUAGCCGGGAGCCACCCCAGACGCUGCUGCCCCACGGCCCCACAUGGCCACUGCUGAGAGGUGGCAGCAGGAGAGGACGGGGAGUGCCUGAUGCGCGGACGGUUGGCCAUGUCCGGGAAGCACUGGCCCCCCGGGACGCAGUGCGUCACCAAGCACGACCACACCAAGCCCAAGCCCCGGGAGCUCGCCUUCCACAAGGGAGAUGUGGUCACCAUCAUCGAGGCCGUGGAGGGCAAAGGCUGGUACCGUGCCAGGCACAACGAGACGGGGCAGGAGGGGCUGCUGGCGGCCAGUGCGCUGCGGGAGCGCGGAGCCAUCCGCGUGGACCCCAAACUCAGCCUCAUGCCCUGGUUCCACGGGAAGAUCUCGGGGGUGCAGGCGGUGCAGGAGCUGCAGCCCCCCGAGGACGGGCUGUUCCUGGUGCGCGAGUCCGUGCGGCACCCCGGGGACUACGUGCUGUGCGUGAGCUUCGGCAGGGAGGUGAUCCACUACCGCGUGGUGCACGAGGGCAACACGCUCAGCAUCGACAGCCAGGAGCACUUCUCCAACCUCAUCGACAUGAUCGAGCACUAUAUGAAGGAGCAGGGAGCCAUCUGCACCAAGCUGGUGAAGCCCAAACCGAAAACCGGGAUGAAGUCAGCCGAGAAGGAGUUGGCCAAAGCUGGGUGGUUACUGAACCUGAAGCACCUCACACUGGGAGACUGCAUUGGGAAAGGCGAGUUUGGAGAUGUCCUGCAGGGUGAGUAUAUGGGGCAGAAGGUGGCUGUGAAGAACAUCAAGUGCGAUGUGACCGCCCAGGCCUUCCUCGCUGAAACGGCUGCCAUGACGAAGGUCCAGCACAAAAACCUGGUGUGUUUGCUGGGCGUGAUCCUGCACAACGGGCUCUACAUCGUCAUGGAGUUCAUGAGCAAGGGCAAUCUGGUGAACUUCCUGCGCACGAGGGGCCGGGCACUCGUCCCGACCCAGCAGCUCCUCCUUUUCGCCCUGGAUGUGGCUCAGGGCAUGGACUACCUGGAGUCCAAGAAGCUGGUGCACCGGGACCUGGCUGCCCGCAACAUCCUCAUCUCCGAGGAGAACGUGGCCAAAGUGAGUGACUUUGGCUUGGCCCAGGUCAACCCCAAGGGCGCAGACACCACACUGCUCCCUGUGAAGUGGACGGCGCCAGAGGCCCUGAAACACAACAAAUUCUCCUCCAAGUCGGAUGUGUGGAGCUACGGGAUCCUCCUGUGGGAAACCUUCUCCUUCGGACGGGCACCCUACCCCAAGAUGAGCCUGAAGGAGGUGACGGAGCUGCUGGAGCAGGGGUACCGCAUGGACGCCCCCGAGGGCUGCCCGCCCACCGUCUAUGCCCUGAUGAAGAGCUGCUGGGAGAUGGAGCCAGGCAAGCGCCCGUCCUUCAAGAAACUCACAGAGAAGCUGCAAAAGGAGCUGAAGCACCUGAGGGACGUUUAACCCCUGUCCUGCUACCGGGGCCCAGGACCUGAAGCCUGCCAGACCCACUGGGGUUGGGAGUGGCAUGGCAGUGGGGCCCAGGAGUGGGGUGGCCUGUAGUGCCACUCUCGCCUAGUGGAGAUGGGGCAGCAGCAGGGAGGGGUCUCAUCUCCCCUGGGACACCCAACAACAAGGCAACUGCCUCCCUCCACCCUGGCACAGUCCUUCGUCCCACCACACGACCCAGAGCAGGUUCCCGUGGGAUCAAUCUCUCCUGACCCAUCAGGGUGGGGACUGCAGCCCCCAUGGGGGCCAUGCCCCACACCCCCUGUGCUCAGCCCCAGUAGUGGUUGCUGCACAUGGGGUCCCUUCGAGCUGUGAAUCCCAGUGAUGGGAGACAAGACUGGACAUCUCCAUUCACAGGAGGAUGAAACCCCAACCCUGACGCAGCCCUGCUCCAGCCUCCUGGCCCAGCAUGGGGAUGCCAGCACAGCCAGCUAAACCACACGGAUUUGGGCUUUUUGAUUAAACCA